AUGUUCUCUCGACAAGUCCUCCGUGCCGCCCGCGUCGCUGCCCCCCAGCGAGCCGUGACGCUGCGUGCGGCUCCUGUGCGGUCUUUUGCUGCUGCCACGGCUGCCGAUAGCCAGCCCCCGAUUGCUGUGUUUGGUCUCGACGGCACCUAUGCUUCUGCUCUGUACACUGCCGCCGCCAAAUCCUCCAGCCUCGAUCCCACCGCCAAGGCCCUCAGCGCCCUGAACGCCAUUGUCGAGAAGGACGCCAAGCUGGCCGAGAUUCUGUCCGCCCCUACCCUUACCCCCCAGGACAAGUCUGCCAUUGUCGCUGAGCUGGCCAAGCAGGCUGGUGCUGGUGGCGAGACCGUCAAGAACUUCCUCGCUACCCUCGCCGAGAACAACCGCCUGAAUCUCCUCAAGGGCGUUUGCGAGAAGUUUGGUGCCAUUAUGAGCGCCGCCCGUGGAGAGGUUGAGCUCAAGGUCACCAGUGCCCAGCCCCUUGACAACAAGACCCUCUCCCGCCUGGAAACCGCCGUCUCCAAGUCCCAGUACGUCGGCCAAGGCAAGAAGCUCAAGGUGACCAACGAAGUCAACUCAGACAUCAUCGGCGGCCUUGUCGUCGAGGUCGGCGACCGCACCAUCGACCUGAGCGUGUCUUCGCGCAUCGCCAAGAUGAACAAGCUCCUUACCGAUACUCUGUAA